CGAUCGAGUAUUUGAACUAGUUUUAAAAUAUUUUGUUUGUUUGUUUUGUCGAGUUUGUUGUCGUCUCCUCUGGGCUGAUGACCGACAGCAUAGCAAGGCGUACUCUUAAACAGUCUUCAAAGUUAUUUAGUUCUACGACACACACAUUGCGGUCCGCCUCAGCAGAUGGAUCCCUGUGCCUGUGCCCAGAAUGUCGCGGCUCCGCGCGUACUGGAGUCCGAUUCCACAGGAGGGCGAGGCAUGAGUUCAAUAUCUUCUUGUUGCUGCAGAGCGCCUCCCGGCUGCUGGGUUUUUGCAAUGAUUAAAAUGACCUUCAUUCCCUGAUGACAGACAGUCACUGGAAAACGGUCAAACUGGUCAAAAGACCAGUCCAACGCCUUCCUCUUCGAGGAGGACGUGCGGCAGCUGGCCGUCGGCAGGACCCACAAUGCGGCGCUGCUCCGCAACAACGAGAUCCUCAUGUGGGGCCGCAACUGCUACGGACAGCUGGGCACGGGCUCGAUCAGCGAGCAGCAGGCGGUGCCCCAGCCACUGAGCCUCCGACUGCCCGACGGCCAGACGCCUGCUCGCGUGCACAUGGGGGCAGAGCACGGCCUGCUGCGGACUACAGCCGGCGAGAUCUACACCUGGGGCUGGAACGAGCACGGAAACUGUGGCAACAACAGUACAGAGAAUGUAUGCAGCGCGUGAAGUUGGCCGGAGCUGGCUCGGGCUUCUGUUACGCCAUUUCCGAGUCGUCUGUUAAUUAAUUUUAUAAUAAAUGUUAAAAAUGCUUAAAAAUACUAAACGGAAUAUCGAAAUUAAG